UUACAUAUCCUUAAAUGAAAGGGUGUGUGGUUUUUUUUUUUGGGGGGGGACGGUUUAUCUUCAGGGUAGUUGCUGAAGAUGUCGGCGUUUGACAUAACAGGAAGAGGUGUCAGUGAAAAUGUGUUUUGUAAAUCCACUUUGUAUUGUUUUUAAGGAAACUAUCGUAAAUGAUUUAUUUGAACAUAAUACUAGAUGUUUGUAAACUCGGUUAUUCGUUGAGUAUUGCUGCAUUGGACACACAAUCCAGAUUAAGAACGGGUGGCAUCAUUGCUUUUUCUGUGGUAUGAAGAUUUUUUCCAAGUCUUUUAAAUGAGAAUGUCCCUGGCACAGAGGGUGCUCCUGACCUGGCUCUUUACUCUGCUGUUCCUCAUCAUGCUGGUCCUCAAACUGGAUGAGAAGGCCAACUGGAACUGGUUUCUGAUCUUCAUUCCCAUCUGGAUCUUUGACACCAUCCUGCUGGUUAUGCUUAUUGUCAAGAUGGCCAGCCGCUGUAAAUCUGGCUAUGACCCUCGCAACGGAUCACAGAACUUGAAGAAGAAGGUGUGGUACCUGGUGGCUAUGCUCCUCAAACUGGCUUUCUGCCUUACCCUAUGUGCCAAGCUGGAGAAGUUCACAGAUAUGAAGCUGACAUUUGUCUUCUUACCGCUUUGGGCUCUACUCAUAGGGGCUAUGGUGGAGCUCGGAUUAAAUAUAUUUUGUGAUAGAAGAGACUAGUCUGCAAGUACAGGAAGGUACCAACCCUGUUAAAAACAUUUGCUUGUUUACGUUACUCAUCUGAAAACAUGAAUAAACUGCAGACUCUUGAACCUUUUCAGAGACUGGGUAAACACUAAGUUAACUCAAUCCAUUAGCAAGAUGCAGA